UUUAAAAAGAAGAACCUUUGAAUCCUAACGGCUGAGCUCUCGGAGGACUUGGGGCCGUGGGUCGGAGGCAUCAUGGACAAAGCUAAAGAAAACUGCAUUUCAGGACCUGUUAAGGCCACAAUUCCACUUGGUGGUGGUCCAAAACGUGUUCCAGUGAAUCCGCAAUUUCCCUGUCAGAAUCUGUUAUCUGCAAGUAGUGGCCAGGCUCAGCGUGUCCUGUGUCCCUCAAAUUCCUCCCAGCGCUUUCCUUCACAAGCACAAAAGCUUGUCUCCAGUCACAAACCGGUUCAAAAUCAGACACAGAAGCAAUUGCAGGCAAACAGCGUACCUCAUCCUGUCUCCAGGCCACUGAAUGACAUGCAAAAGAACAAGCAGCCCCAGCCAUCAGCACUCAAAUUCCUUCCUAGAAGGCAAUGGGCUUUGGAAGAUUUUGAAAUUGGUCGCCCGCUGGGUAAAGGAAAAUUUGGUAAUGUUUAUUUGGCAAGAGAAAGACAGAGCAAGUUUAUCUUGGCUCUUAAAGUGUUGUUUAAAGCUCAGCUGGAAAAAGCAGGAGUGGAGCAUCAGCUCAGAAGAGAAGUGGAGAUACAGUCUCACCUUCGGCAUCCUAACAUUCUCAGACUGUAUGGUUAUUUCCAUGAUGCCACCAGAGUUUACUUAAUUCUAGAAUAUGCACCACUUGGAACAGUCUAUAGAGAACUUCAGAAACUUUCAAAGUUUGAUGAGCAGAGAACUGCCACUUAUAUCACAGAAUUGGCAAAUGCCCUGUCUUACUGCCAUUCAAAGAGAGUUAUUCAUAGAGACAUUAAGCCAGAGAACCUGCUUCUUGGAUCAGCUGGAGAGCUUAAGAUUGCAGAUUUUGGCUGGUCGGUACAUGCUCCAUCCUCCAGGAGAACCACUCUCUGUGGCACCCUGGACUAUCUGCCCCCCGAGAUGAUCGAAGGUCGGAUGCAUGAUGAGAAGGUGGAUCUCUGGAGCCUUGGAGUUCUUUGCUAUGAAUUUUUAGUUGGGAAGCCUCCUUUUGAGACAAACACAUAUCAGGAGACCUAUAGAAGAAUAUCACGGGUUGAAUUUACAUUUCCUGACUUUGUAACAGAGGGAGCUAGGGACCUCAUUUCCAGACUGUUGAAGCAUAAUCCAAGGCAGAGGCCAGCUCUCAGAGAAGUGCUUGAACACCCCUGGAUUACAGCAAAUUCAUCAAAACCAUCAAAUUGCCAAAACAAAGAAUCAACUAGCAAAUAGUCUUAGGAAUCAUGCAGGGGGAGAAAUCCUUGAGCCAGGGCUGCUGUGUAAUCUGUCAGGAACAUGCUACUGAAAUUCAUUUUUACUAUUGACUGCCUCCUUCAAUCUAGAGCACUGCAGGAAAUGUUAUUUAUCUUACUGAGCAGGCAGUGGCUCAGCCUCCCGAUUCAGAAAGUACCACGUCAAUAAACAUGACACUCUGAAGUGAAAGUAGCCAUGAGAAUCCUGCUGCUUUACUGGUUCAUAAUCUGGAGGCCAGGUUCAACUGCAGCCACCCCACAGCCUGUGCCAGGCUUGGUGUCCUUGCAGGAGCAAGCUGAGUCUGGUUGUGGGGUAAGUGACCAUUUUGCCCUGACUCGAUCAGUUAAGGAGCUGUGCAAUAACCUUCCGAGUACCUGAGUGAGUGUGUAAUUUAUUGGGUGGCCAAGCCUAAGUAAAGCUGUCGGAAUUAACGUGAUUCUUUUAAAUGUUAAAGGUUUUUGUAUAGACUUGUGUUUCUUCUCCCAUGGCAUUCCCUUGGGAAUGGUCUCGGUGUCAGUCCAGCACCCCUUAGGCCUGGUGGGUUUCAGGUUCUCCUUAACCACUUAUAUACCAUGAGACUCUAUAAAAUGGGAACACGUGCUCUACCUCCUCUUUGGGACUUGGCUUGGCAUAUGGAAGAAACCAUGUCUCAGAGUCAUUAAGGGCUUGGUUUUUUAAUUAUAUUGGCGUUUAUGGCAUGUGUGUAAACUUUAAAUAUGCAAAUAAAUAAAUAUAUAUGUCUACUUG